AUGCCUGAAGCAGAUUAUUUCAAUUUGGGAGAUGCUGAUAAUGAUGAAGAGAGCAAUGUGCAAAUCCAAAGGAAGAAAAAUACACGUCUGCGGUCUUCGUCAACUGCCAGUUCAAAGCCUGCCUCCCUAGCCAAAUAUACUAGUGCUCCAUUGAGUCCCGGAUCAUCGCAUUUGAGAUCCCCAAAUUCGACUUUGAACAUUGGUAUGUCACCUUUGAGUACCUUUAGACUGCCCAACAGGGUGCCCUGUAAUGCGCAACACCAAUCUCAAAAAUCUACUUCUUCAAGCUCAUCAGCGCACUCCAGUAGGCGAGCAUCGCUGACGGGAGCUGCUAUAUCGAAACAGACCGGUACCCAACCACUUUCUCCAAUGAAGCAUGGCAAAUUUGAAGGCUCAACGAUAAUCAAACGCCAUCCAUCGACGAAUUCAGAUGGUACAGCUACGACGCCAACACUAGUGAUACCACCUGAGUUGGCAUCACUGAGUACACAAAGUACCUCUGCGGUCCCAACACCACAGCCUGCCAGUACGGUGCCAUCUCAGCAUAUGGUUUCUAACAGCAGCACUACUAGCAUACCUAAUUCAAACACCAUGAGUAAUGUGGCGCAGGACACUAUAUCACCUUCAUCAUCAACAAAGUCAUCGAUGACUCUAGGGAAUGGAUCCACAUUAAGCCUAAGGUCGGUUAAGAAACAAUAUGUUUUGAAUGAGAAGCUAUAUUUGAACAAGAUGAAGAAUAAUGUACCAGACGACUACUAUACUCGUGGUAUUACUCCUUCUUCAAAAACAGAUGACAAUGAUGAGUUCGAUUUGGAGAUGGAGGAGUUAGACAACAAUAAGGAUAUGGACGACUUUGAUUUCGGUACUAACUUCUUCACUGCCAGUACAGAUAAUGAUAAUUUAGUCGCUAUGGGAUCAAAAUUUUUACUGCAUAGGUUAGAGUGGUUAAAACAGGCAGAUCCUACGAAUCCUGUUGUUGAAGAAGUCUUCCAAGAGCUGGACUCCAAGACAACACUUGAGAGCGGUUUCUCAUUGACAAGCCUAGCUAAUCUUUCACUAGGUACACAAAACCUACUCGCCGAUCUGUCUCAACAUCCCCUGGUAUUGGAAAGAUUCGAAUGGCAAACAAUGCUAUCAAAUGUCCUGAAGGGUGACAUUGUCAAGAGCGAGAAGACCAAGAUUGCGGAGCAGGCCAAAAGUAAUGGGCUGAGUACGCAGUUCAGCGAGGAUAUCUGGCUAGAAAUCAAAGCAUGGAUGAACGGUAGAUCGGUUGACAGAACGCAGAAGCAACUAGAUGCACUGAGAGACUCUACCGAUUCUUUGUUCCAAGAGAUUCUUGAACUCAGGCUUGCCGAUGGUUGUAGCGCCGAUAAAGCAGAAGACAUAAUCAGACCUUUGCUCAAUAAGUUUUACAAGGUGAUCCACUACUGGAGUAACAUGAAGGAGAUGCAUCGCAGUAAACCUGUCACUAAUACCGAAGAAUUCGUCUGUAGAAUUGAAGCGAUGAACAGUUGGCUAAAUGUCAAAUCAGACUUUGGUGCUCGCAUAAGAUCAUUAAAACAAUGGGUAGGAGAUGAGGCAUCGGAUGUCGGCGAGUUCUUCGAUGAGAGCUCCGAGGAGUCCAAAGAGUCCAAAGAGUUCAAUGAUUCAAAGGAGUCCGUAGACGAAAACAAGGAACAAAGGCGGUUUGCAGAGCAGAUAAUGAAGGAAAAGGACAUAGAGACAAUAUUCCAAAGAAAGAUUUUUUUUCCACUAGCUCCCUGGGUUCUCGAAACAAAGCUCUCUUAUUUUAAAUACAAAAACAUUAUGAGCGAACUAAAUCUGGAAUACCCUAGUAAGAAUCUGGAGUUGUUGAUAAUGUUUCCCAUGAGACUUGUUAUCCAAAUUAUAAAAAUCCGUCUAGCUUACGCUCAAAAGCUGCAAAACCCAACUAUGAUGAUGAUUGACCAAAUGAUAGAUGAUUUUAGCUCUUAUAUCAAGCUGUCCGUCCAGUUGAAAUAUACGGUGACAGUAUAUGCACAGGACUGGCCUUUUUCUGUCGUGAUCGACCCUUGUUUCAAUGGUACAGUGAUAGAAGCUAUACGAUACCUGUUCACUUUGCUACAUCUCAAGCUGAUUGAUUGUACCAAGCGGUCAUUCAAAACGUUCAAAGAGGCAGACGAGCUUUACAAAUACUGGGAGAAUCUCAAGAAUGUGGGGCACUACAUUGACGGAGCUGGCCUAGUGAUUGCGGAGGAAUUUAACAAGUUGACCCUUCGCUUACUUCAUAGGUUACACGCCUACCUAUUGCAACAGCAAAACUCUCCGCCAAAAUUCACCAGCAUUACUGAUUUAGAAAGGUGGCUGGUCCAGCUUUGUGAAAAUGUUGGUUCGAUGAAGAGAAAGCUUAAUAGACUCACCAACGUGCUGACCAAGGCAUUUCAAAACUCGGUAAAUUACAAUAUUCAGGACCAUAAAGCUUUGCUGCAGAAGCUAAAAGAAACUGGUCAUUUUUUAAUAUUCACAGGAGGAGAUCUCGAACAACAAGGUGUCUAUUUGAUAGGAAGUCCCGAACUUCUUGGGUGUUCUGACGAUGAUAUCAUGAAGAUUUUGUACCAAUCAGAAAUUGGCUGUGACAUGAUACCCAAACUCGAAAUCAAAAAUAGCUUGUCGCUGUAUAACGCAGUUGAAAAAGGGUGGGAUCCAAACACAAUGAUUGUUCAGGAAGUUGAUAACGAUGGGGUAUACUACUACCGUAUACAAAAUGAGGUUGCAGGGAAUCAACAGCGGUCUACGAAUCAGUACGGAAGCAAAGAGAGCACUGAUGCUUUCCUUGAUAGCUAUCGGGAUUCCGAAAAGGAGAUUGCAGAUCUUGAGAUGAAGCUGCACUCUUUGGGAUAUAUUCUGGUAUUAUGUCCAGGAAAACCCAUGUUGUGGGAAGGAGAAAUGUUCAACCUUACCGAUGAUGCACUCAUUAACAAGGAAACCUUCAAUUUCAAGGUAAUUCCAAAUACUUUGCUCUUAAUGAUUCAAGGCUCCGGCUAUGCAUUGGAAUAUCAAAAUGAUAGAUUUCAGCAAAUUGUCGGUGAGGCUGUUUCUUUCAUAGAGAGACGCAGCUCUUAUGAGAAGGUUGAAAACGACUUGCAAAGGAUCAACAAAGCUUACUUCCGGUUCACUUACAGCGUUUUGAGUAACUACCGAAAGAUUGUCAACACUUUCCAGAAGCUAGGUCCAGGGAAUGACGUUCUGAACAGUGUUUUCCUUUUUGCAAGAGACUUUGGAUGGAACUUUCUGCGGACUAAUAUCACCACUAAUGAGAAGAAGUCACUUAUCAUUCUGCUGAUGAUCAAACUGAGCGUCGGUUGGAUAUCUUUCUUGGUUUCAGACUGUGAUCCAACUGAUCAAAAAACCUUUAGAUGGUGUGUACCAGCAAUGGAAUUUGCAAUGCAGAUAACAAGUGGUUGGAACGUGCUAGGAUUAGACGAAGUGCAGUUUCAGGCAUUAAAGCAGAAAAUCUCGGCUUGCAUGUCUCUUUUGAUUUCUCACUUUGAUGUGAUGGGUGCCAGAGCUGGUGAAGCUGAUAAAAUUUCGCUACAAGGUAGGUAUCAGCUCGUUGCUAUUGAAGAUGAAAUGGAUGACAACGCUCUGCUUCAAAUUAAUUCUAAUCUUCGUGUAGAGGCAAUCAGAGAACUGGAAAAGAAUGUCAAGCGUAAUCCUCAUCAGAUAGGUAAAGUUCUGGAUGACAAAGAUACAGGCAACAAAUACCUAUUAUCUCUGGCCUCUUCUAUAUCUAAUGUUUCCAUGAGAUGGCAAAAGAGAAAUUUCGUUGGAGGUGGGACUUUCGGAACGGUUUAUUCUGCCGUUAAUCUCGACAAUGGUGAGAUUCUAGCGGUUAAAGAAAUCAAAAUACAAGAUGCUAAUGCAAUGAAGAAGUUUUUCCCAUCGAUUAAGGAGGAAAUGUCAGUACUAGAGAUGUUAAGUCAUCCCAACGUGGUACAGUAUUAUGGUGUUGAAGUGCACAGAGACAAGGUCAAUAUAUUUAUGGAAUACUGUGAAGGUGGUUCGAUGGCUAGUCUACUCGAGCAUGGGCGUAUUGAGGAUGAAAUGGUGACGCAAGUCUACACUCUGGAACUCUUGGAAGGUUUGGCAUACUUACACCAAUCAGGUGUUGUUCACCGUGAUAUUAAACCGGAGAACAUUCUACUGGAUUUCAAUGGUAUUAUCAAGUACGUUGAUUUUGGUGCGGCGAAGAAGAUCGCCAAAAAUGGAACAGACACAAGAGGUUUCGCAAGGUCUGUUGCUAGCGACAGCAGUACUGGCUCGGCAGAUAACACGAGCGAACAAGAUGGGCUGGCCUUACAAGACAUGAUGGGUACCCCAAUGUACAUGGCUCCAGAGUCCAUUACAGGUUCGCCCAACAAGGGAAGACUUGGAGCGGAUGAUAUCUGGUCUCUGGGCUGUGUUAUUCUAGAGAUGAUAACAGGGAGACGGCCUUGGGCCAAGCUUGACAACGAAUGGGCUAUCAUGUACCAUGUCGCUGCAGGUCACAUACCGCAACUGCCCAGUAACGACGAAGUAUCGUCUGCAGGUAAAAAGUUUUUGCGUCGCUGUUUGCAAGAGAAUCCUUUCAAAAGGGCGAGUGCUGUAGAGUUACUGAUGGACCCCUGGAUAGUCCAGAUCAGGGAUCUGGCUUUCGGACCAAGCGAUCAGGCCCAAAUCCCUGAUGAUAGCUCGCCCGCCAUAGGCUAA